AAAAAAUAGAAUGCUUCGUCACGGCGCCAUCCGCCCCUUGCCCCGUGUUUUGGCCACCAGCGCCCAGCGCGGCUUGGCCAGUGCUGCCAGCGACUUGGUCAACAUCCAGUUGCCGGCGUCUUCCUUCGAAGGCUACAACUUGGAGCAGCUCCCCGACUUGAGCUUCGACACCGAGAAGGACAGCUUGUUGAAAAUGUACAAGGACAUGAUCAUUGUCAGGAGAAUGGAGAUGGCCGCGGACGCGUUGUACAAGGCCAAGAAGAUCCGCGGCUUCUGCCACUUGUCGGUGGGCCAGGAGGCCAUUGCCGUGGGCAUCGAAUACGCCAUCACGCCCAAGGACACGGUGAUCACGUCGUACCGGUGCCACGGCUUUGCGUUCAUGCGGGGCGCGUCCGUCAAGUCCGUGUUGGGCGAGUUGAUGGGCAAGAGGUCCGGCGUGUCGUACGGAAAGGGAGGCUCCAUGCACAUGUUUGCGCCCGGCUUCUAUGGCGGCAACGGAAUCGUGGGUGCGCAGGUGCCGUUGGGCGCGGGCUUGGCGUUUGCGCACAAGUACAAGGGCGAGAAGAACGCCACGUUCACCUUGUACGGCGACGGCGCGUCCAACCAGGGCCAGGUGUUCGAGGCGUACAACAUGGCCAAGUUGUGGGACUUGCCCUGCGUGUUUGCGUGCGAGAACAACCGCUACGGCAUGGGCACGUCCGCGUCGCGGUCGUCGGCCAUGACCGAGUACUACAAGAGGGGCCAGUACAUCCCCGGCUUGAAGGUCAACGGCAUGGACAUCUUGGCGUGCUACCAGGCGUCCAAGUUUGCCAAGGACUGGUGUGCGUCGGGCAACGGGCCCUUGGUCAUGGAGUACGAGACCUACCGGUACGGCGGCCACUCCAUGUCCGACCCCGGCACCACCUACAGGACCCGCGAGGAGGUGCAGCAGAUGCGGUCGCGCAACGACCCCAUUGCCGGCUUGAAGGCGACUCUUUUGGAGUUGGGCAUUGCCACGGAGGCCGAGAUCAAGGCCUACGACAAGGAGGCCCGCAAGUACGUGGACGAGCAGGUGGCGGAGGCCGAGAAGGACUCGCCGCCUGAGGCCAAGAUGGAGAUCUUGUUUGAGGACGUGUACGUCAAGGGCUCCGAGAUCCCCGAGUUGAGAGGCAGAAUCUCCGACGACACCUGGAACUUCGAGAAGAACGCGUUCUCCAACCACGUUUACUAAGCGUAUAUAGUUGGUAUUCUGAUACAGCACACGGAUAGCACACGGGUCGUAGUACGGGGGUAUGGGGUAGUAGUAUGGGAUAGUGGCACGGGAUAGUAGUAAGGAUAGUAGCACAGGAUAGUAGUACGGGAUCGUAGCACAGGAUAGUAGUUGGGCUCAUAGCACAGGAUGGUACUACAGGAUCUUAGCACAGGAUAGUCGUACCGGAUAGUACUACAUGAUAGUACUACAAGACAGUAGUAUAGGAUAGUUAUACAGCAAGUACCACAGGAUAUUACUACAGAAUAAUACUACAGGA